AUGAGGAAAACCCGCGCCAGCGACCUCCUGGUCAAGCUCACUAGGAGCAAAAAAGCCGUCAUCGUAGCAGACAAGCUCAGGAGCAUCCUCGUCGACAAGCUCGGCUCACAAACCGGCACUGUCUCCAGGUAUUUACCGCGAUCCGAGCCGCUGUUCCGGGCGACAGCGACGACCCCAUAGUUGCCUCCAACAAAGCCGACGUAACAGUCACUAGAAUCUGGACUCUAAAAUCCGGCCAGCAAGUGGCCACCGUUCGAGCUCCCGAACCUACUAGGUGCUACAGGUGCUACGGAUACGGACAUGCUACCAAGGACUGCAAUGAUCCUGACCUGCAUGAGUCGUGUCGAAGGUGCGGCAUAGCUGGCCACAAGGAGACUGGCUGCACGGACGGGGGUGGCAAGUACGUCGCUUGCGACCGAACUGAUCUCAAAGGCACACAAGCCCGGAUCAGCGACUAA